ACAGUUUCUUUGAUUUCUCUUCACUCUUUAAUUUCCACUUAGCUAUUUGAUUGUGUUCCUAUUUGAAACAGAUUCAUGCUUAGAAAACAAACAAACAAAAAAGAUGCAGCUGAGAAGCUCCUCAACACCAAUCUUACGUUCAUGGUUAUCAAAUUCAAAAGACUGUCCAAUUUUAUCAGCAGAAUCAGAUUUCCGAGCUCUUCAAAGAACAAGGUCAGUCUCAUUUCACUCACCAUCUUCCAUUGAUGACCGUAAACUCAUUAGACCACUAAGCAUGGCUGAUAACGUGGGGAAAGCCAUAAUACCAUCAACAACAUCUCAUUCUCUUGAUAAGCAAACAAAGCAAGAAAGUGAUGGAGAAAAAGAGUUUGGAUCCGAACCCAGAUUUUGGUCGAUCAGAAGAGAGCUGUUUUCGAGUUCUGGGUUGGGAGACGCAGCGGGGGAUGGUGAAGGUAGUGGUUCUGUGAUGCAGCAGACAGUCGUUAUGGGCGGUGGAGAAGGAAAUGAUGAUGGUAAAAUCUGCGGUGGCGCUAGUGGAGGAGGGGAAUCCGGAGGCGGAGAUGACGGUGGUGCUGGCGGUGGCUCAGGUUUCUUUGAGAGCAAUAGCACUGAUGUUUACUAUCAGACGAUGAUUGAAGCUAAUCCAGGGAAUUCACUUUUGCUUGGCAAUUACGCCAAGUUCUUGAAGGAGAUUAGAGCAGAUUUUGGCAGAGCAGAGGAGUACUGCGGCAGAGCAAUUUUGGCAAACCCUGAUGAUGGGAAUUUCUUGUCCCUUUAUGCUGAUCUAAUCUGGCAUAAUCAAAAGGACAUCGAGAGAGCCAAAACUUACUUUGAUCAAGCUGUUAAGACUGCCCCAAAUGACUGUUAUGUCCUGGCUUCAUAUGCAAAGUUUCUCUGGGACGUCGAAGACGAAGAAGAUGAAGCGCAUGAAGGGAGAGUAGAAGAAACUGAGCACAUAUAUAUACCUCAUUCUACAGAUUUCUUUCUUCGACCUCCUCAACACCCUUCCAUAACCGCAGCUUCCUGACUUAUAUGUAUGUACAAAUGAUCUCCGGAUUUCGAACCGAGCUUUUUCCGGCCACAAUAGCAAUGUUAAACCAGACAACUUAGUUGAUGUGAAUGCCUUCUGUUAUUUGCCUUACUGUAUCUUACAUCAAUAAUUAUGCCUGCAUUUGUAAUAAAAGAGGACA